GGAAGAUUUACUGUUGUUUGUUUUCAUUUGAAAGAAUAACUAGAGCAGCAAUUGAAAUAGAUGGACCAACAUUAUUAGUUAAUUAUUGAUUAUAUUGAUCAGUUUAUAAAGUACAACUACCAAACAUUUAAAGCUUCAAAAAUGUACAGAUUGGGUUUUUAAACAUUACUAUUGUUUUUUAGUUCUUUUAUUUUUUGGCUAGUCCUCAAAAGGUCAGCGUGGAAGUAGGUUUGCACAUAUAAGGAGUUUGCCUUUGUGUUGUGGUGCGUAACAGUCAAAUAGUAGAAGGAAAGAGACAACUCAAGUACCUAUACAAGUUUAACAGACAGACGCUGUUGAGGAGACAUUAACUGUUUCAGUCAUCAGAGAGAGUCUCGUGUCACUCAGAGGGAAUCUUCUGCAGAGUCCGAUGGAUCUGUCCGACCUUCCCUUCCCUCUCUCCUCUGCUGAUGACCUCUACGAUGACCCCUGCUUCAGCACCAGUGACAUGAACUUUUUUGAUGACCUGGACGCCCGGCUGAUGCACGCCGGCCUGCUGAAGUCCGAGGACCAUCACCAUCAUCAUCACCACUACCAUGUCCCCAUCGCAGAGGAGGAGGACGAGCAUGUGAGGGCCCCCGGGGGCCUCCACCAGGCGGGACACUGCCUGCUGUGGGCCUGCAAGGCCUGCAAGAGGAAGACAACACACGCAGACAGGAGGAAGGCAGCAACGAUGCGAGAGAGGCGACGGCUCAGUAAGGUCAACGACGCCUUCGAGACCCUGAAACGCUGCACGGCCUCCAACCCCAACCAGCGGCUGCCAAAGGUGGACAUCCUGCGCAACGCAAUCAGCUACAUCGAGUCCCUGCAGGCGCUGCUGAGGGCCGGCCGGGAUGACGGCUUCUACCCGCCGCUCAAACACUACAGCGGGGACUCGGACGCCUCUAGCCCCCGCUCCAACUGCUCUGAUGGCAUGAUGGAUUUCAUCUCUCCGUGUUCGACCAGAAGUGAAAACAGUGACGGUUCCUACUGCGGCCAGACAUCAGACGACGCUAGUAGCAGCAAGCCGUCACUUAUUUCCAGUUUGGACUGUUUGUCCAGCAUUGUACAGCGGAUCAGUACGGACCCGGUUGUGGCCCCACCAGGGGACAGCGUGGUCCCUCAGGGCCCUGGAUCUCCUCAGAACAGCCCUGCAGUCUCCAGUCCUUCUGAUGAACCCAACAGCAUCUAUGAGCCACUCUGAACCCGAAGGACCCGAGGACUCGUAUUCCACAAAAAGACAAACCUUUUUUCCUACAUUUUAAGGGAGGAAAGUGCAAGUGUAAUAUUCCUGUCUUCUGCAGUGAGUCACAGAAAUAUGGGCUUACAACAUAUGGUAACAUUGACAUUGACAUUUUUGUUUGGGUGAAGACUUUUCCACCAAAGUUUGAGUCACACUGGUGCUCCAGUUUUUAACCUCCUGGAUGAACUGAAGGCUGCUGUGUGUUCCAUUAAUAUCAAAAGACAAAAAUGAUAAAAGGAGAAGAAAUUUUCUUCGUUGGUUGGAGGACGGUGGACCAUUUUGUACAACUGUAAAUAAGAGCUGCUUGUUAAUACUACACAUACUGUAUGAAGGGAUUGUUGUGUCAAAUGUUUCUAUAUAUUAUUUAUGAGUG